UUGUGUUAUACACUAAAUAACAACGAAGUUCCCCUGUUGACUAUAUCAGCUGAUGAUACUCCGUCCAAUCCUAUAGUUGAUAGAGAGAUAGUAUUCUUGACGGCUCGUGUUCACCCUGGAGAAAGUAACGCGUCGUGGGUAAUGGAUGGAACACUACGUUGCCUGCUAGCAGAUACUUCAUCAGCAGCGGCACUUCGUAACAAGUAUGUCUUCAAAAUCGUGCCGAUGCUCAACGUCGAAGGUGUUAUUAACGGCUGGUGA